UGUCUGCCUAGGGGGGGGGGCAUACUUUCGGGACACCCUGUAUAUUCGUUAUCAACGAUAUCGUUGAAAAAAAAUAAGUACUAUGAAGUAUGGACCUCGUUUAGGAGUAAACAAAAUGUUUCUUAAUCGUAAGCCGAAAUGUGCAGUACUUCAAUGUGUACUCAUACUCACGAGUAUACUAUUUCUUGGAUUCGUUCUAAUCAAAUCGCAGUUCAAUCUUGCUUCGACGGAUAAAAACAUUCCGGCAAAGAAUAAGAUUGGAUUUGAAAAUAACGGACGCCAUUUGUACAAAAGAAGUGGACUUAGAGUUAACUUUGAAACAAAUAACUUGGACCUGAGGAUAAUAGUGAUAACCUAUAAUCGUCCCAUGUCAAUGCUUCGAUGCCUUAACUCUCUAAAUGACGUUGAUUAUGUUGGUCAUCGGGUCAAGUUAGAUAUAUUCAUAGACCGAUCGUCGGAAUCUAAAAAAGUUGACCAAGAGACAUAUUCGAUUGCGAAGGCGUUUUCUUUUUUGCAUGGCGAGAAGACGGUGAAUGUUCACAAAAAGAACGUUGGGUUGUAUGGACAGUGGCUGGACACAUGGCGACCAACAGAAGACAAUAAAGAGAUUGCGGUUAUAUUGGAGGACGAUAUGACGGUCAGUCCAUACUUCUAUAAAUGGCUCCGAGCUGCGCAUGCGCACUAUGAUACAAGGGCUGAUGUGAGCGGUUAUGCUCUUGCUAACGUUUAUCAACUAGCAGCAGCGCCAGGUGGUAUCGUCGUUCCUCUCAAUUACACAGCAUAUAUGUAUGCCAUCCUUGGAUCAUGGGGAUUUUCACCCCACAGGGACAGGUGGCAAGAAUUCCUUGUGUGGUAUGAUUCAGCGUCUACCAACGCAUCCUUUAACCCAUACGUGGAAGGCAUUCGUCACACGGAAUGGUAUAAAUCGUUUCAGAAGACUAACUCUGAAGGAUCGAUGUGGACAAUGUGGCAUAUUUAUUUCAGCCAUAUACACAAGUUAUAUUGCGUAUUUCCAAAUUUACCCGAUCGUUACAUGUUCGGCCAAAACCAUCAUGAGGCAGGACUUCACUAUUCAGGCAACGUUAAAGCCGAUCAACUUGACAAACUUGUUUCAAAAUCUAACUGGAACCCCGAUUUUUUGAAAAUGCCCAAGAAUGCAAUCAAAGUAGAUUAUUAUGGUCGCAUAUCAUUCAGAUAAUCACUACCUUACCUUUUACCGUUUAGAAACUAUUUUCCGCUUCUAACCUCCCAUUCCAUGAUUCUAUUUUAAGGUUAUAUUAUGUCGGUGGAUAGGUAUGGAGCAACACCUUCCCUAGGGAUUCUCUCUAACUCUUCAAUCCCCCGAAGCACACAUAACCUCAUCUUAGUAUGACAGUUCACUUACCGAUGGUUCAAGCACUGGAGUAUUGUCAGUUAAAAGCAAUUAUCAAAUGCACGUAUUUACGAAUGUCUAAUUCUACAAAGUUCAUCUGAAAGUAUUAGAGGAAAUUGGGUGUAUUGUUUUUUAUUGUUUUGUGUAUGAAAAAUAUUUUAUAAAGAGAAAUGUAUGAAAUGAUGUUGUCUGUAACAAUUUUUCUAGCGAUGUAUCAAAAUCAUUAUUAAAAUCAAUAAGAUAAGCAUUUGAUAGUUUAUACUGGUCAGUAACUGGGAUAUUUUUGACAGAUACUUUUAAUGUUGUGAACUCAAGUGCAGCCCUUACGUUGAAUAAAAAUUGCUUGUAAAGACGGGCUUGUAUUCAUCACGAUUUUCUAUGUUAAAAUAAAACCA